UCAAAAGACCUCUGCAAAACCCUCGCUUUCUCUCUCCCUCUCCUGCCCGCUCCUCAAACCCUAGAUUUCUCGAAAAUGUCCAGCGCCUUGGACAUGUCCCUCGACGAUCUGAUAAAAAACAACAAGAAAUCGUCAGGCGGCAGCAGCAAUUUGAGAGGCAGAGGGCGAGGAUCCUCCGGACCCGGCCCAGCUCGCCGGUUCCCAAACCGGUCCGCGACCCGGUCCGCCCCUUACUCCGCAGGAAAGCCGGUUCCGGCGCCGGUGUUGGCGUGGCAGCAUGACAUGUUCGCCGAUCAGGCGGCGGCGCCCCGGUCAACGGCGAUAGAGACGGGCACGAAGCUGUAUAUCUCGAACCUGGAUUACGGCGUGUCAAACGAGGAUAUAAAGGAGCUGUUUUCAGAGGUUGGUGACUUGAAACGAUACUCAAUCCAUUAUGAUAGGAGCGGAAGAUCAAAGGGAACAGCAGAAGUUGUCUUUUCACGGCGGGCAGAUGCUGCAGCGGCUGUUAAGAGAUACAACAAUGUUCAGCUCGAUGGGAAGCCAAUGAAAAUAGAGAUUGUGGGGACAAAUAUUAUAACCCCUGCUCCUGUGCCUCAGAUUACAGGCAGCAUCUUGGGAAAUCCUAAUGUCAUUCCAAGAAGUUGGCCGGGGAGGGGAGUCUCUAUGGGCUUGCCUCGGGGCGGCGGCAGCGGCGGCGGCGGCCGUGAUGGUCGCGGACGGGGAAGGGGCCGUGGAAGGGGGAGGGGCCGUGGUGGUGACCAAUUAACGGCAGAAGAUCUUGACGCCGAUUUGGACAAGUAUCAUGCAAUGCAAAUCAACUGAACAGUUUCUCCCCACUACAGCUAUGCUUACUUGUUGUGAGAUGCAACCCAAUCGUCUGUGUAUUUCCUACCGAUGGUGGAUAAAGAAGAACGGUUACUGAUUUUGGGGGCAUGGGGUUUCCUUUUCCUUUUGACUUACUGUUACUACCGACCCUCGUAUUUUUGACAUAGUUCUUGGGUUAAUGGACUGGCUGCGGCUGAGUGUGCUGUGCAGCUGAUUUGUGGCGUCUGCUACUUUUACUUCUCUUUCUUUUACACAGUGGGCCCAAUACAGAAACUGUCAUGCCUUGGCAACCUGAACCAGUAAAUUCAGCUGCAUGGUAGAGUCGGGAACGGGGCUGUAUCGCAAAAGCUUAUAGUCUGCAGAAGUUUUAAUCUGAAUUAAGGUAUUUAAGUCCUUUCUGUC